CGGGGCGGGGCGGGAUGGCGGGCGGGGGGCGUCCGGCGCGCACGUGCCUGCUGCUGGGGGCGGCGGGCGGUGGGAAGAGCCUCCUGGCCCGGCGGCUGCGUCAGCUGAGCACCGAGGACGGGCCGGCGGAGCUGGGCGAGCCCCCCGCCACGCUGCCCACGGUGGGCACCGACCUGACCGACCUGCGGCUGCCGCGGCGGGUGACGCUCCGGGAGCUGGGCGGCUGCAUGGGCCCCGUCUGGCACGGCUACUACGGCGACUGCGGCGCGCUCCUGGUGAGCGGCCCCGGGACCCCGGCCCCGCGCCGGCGGGGACCCCCCCCCAGCCACGGCCCCCGGGGAGCACCGGGCAGCUGCCCGUGGCGGGGGGCCGGCGCUGGCCCCCCGCGGUUUCGCCGCGGCUGUGCCCGGCCAGGCUGGGGGGGGGGCCGCCCCCGGGCACCCCCACUUUCCCUUCUCUUCCAGUUCGUGGUCGACGCCGCCAACCCCACCCAGGUCUCCUCGUCCUGCGCCCAGCUGCUGUCCGUCCUCUCCGCAGCGCAGCUCGCCUCCGUGCCCGUGCUGGUUCUCUUCAAUAAGAUUGACCUGCCCUGCUACAUGUCGCUGGUGGAGAUGAAGUCGCUGUUCCGCAUGCAGGACAUCAUCUCCUGCGCCACGCAGCCCAUCGCGACGCUGGACACCAGCGCCCGUGACGGCACUGGCCUGGCCGACGUCCUGCAGUGGCUUCGGGCCACCCUCGGGGGCCCCCGCUGACCCUGCCCGGGCGCCUGCGGUAGCCCCGUCACCAAAGGAGGUGGCCGCCGAGCAGCUGCCCUGUGUGGGGCUGGCAGCGGGGCCCGGACAGGGUCACGGGCUGGCGGGGGGACAGGAUCCCCGUGAGACUGCACAGUAAAACUUCCACCGUACUGUC